AUGGCCGACGCCAAAAAACCCGCCGUUCUAAUUGUUGGUGGCCUCGGCUUCAUCGGUCGACACCUCGCACUAUACCUCCACGAGAACAACCUAGCCUCAGAAGUGCGUUUAGUAGACAAAGUCCUCCCACAAUUGGCAUGGUUAGCCCCCGAAUUCUCAGAAGCAUGUUCCAAGGACAAGUUCGUACAGGCAGACGCCAGUCGUGAACAACACUUCCCACGCAUCUUCGACCGAGCCAAUGGCGAACAAUUCGACUAUGUAAUUAACUGCGGCGGUGAAACACGCCACUCCCAACCCGACGACGUCUACGAAGUGCGCAGCUACGCCCUCACAGUCGCCCUCGGUAAAGAAAUUGCCCGACGCGGUAUCCCCGCCUUCAUCGAGACUUCAACCGCGCACGUCUACAAGGGUAGCUCAACACCACGCAAGGAGACAGACAAACUCGCCCCGUGGCACAAACUAGCCUCGUGGAAACUCAAGGCCGCAGAGGAACUGCGCAAAAUUCCAAACUUGCAGUACUGCUGCCUCCGUCUGCCCCACGUCUACGGAGCCUACGACCCCGGUUACUUUGCUACGGGCAUUUGUCUAUCUGCCGUGCAUGUCGAGCUCAAGCAGGAACUGGUCUUAUUGCAUACUAAGGACUUGAAAAUUAAUACCCUCCACGUUAAGGACGCUGCUAGUGCGCUGUUCGAGGCUGCUAAGUGGCGCGCGAAGAAGGGUUUCAUUGAUCCCAAGGAUGGUGUUGUUGCGUUCAAUGUUGUUGAUCACAAUGACACGAAACAGGAACAUGUCGCUAAGGCUUUGACGGAGGUGUUUGGUCUCAAGGUUUCAUUUAUCGGGUCGCUUGCUUCGCAGCUUGCUAAGUUGAAUCUCGACGAGGUCGUUGAUGAUAUGAAUGAGGUCGGAUUGCAGACUUGGGCGGAGCUCGUUGAGAGGGCUAAUAUCACUCGUCCUGGACCGAUCAGUCCGUUCUUGGAACGGGAUAUUCUCAGAGAUGAGGAUAUGUGUCUUGACGGGUCUAAGUUCGAGGCUGAGGUUGGCUGGAAGCCAUCGUACCCGAAUUUCGGUGCUGACAGUAUCCGCGAAAUCGUGGAUAGCUAUAAGCGCAUGGGCUGGUGGCCAUGA